AUGGGCGGGAGAAAGGGCAAAGCGCCCCGGUGCCCCGAGGGACCCAAGAGGCCGGACUCAGGGGAGCAGGAGUCGGGGUCCCACCAGCGCAGACGGCGCGGCCAGCGGGGACCGCCGACAGGGCCGUGGGAUCCCUGGGAGCCGGAGGACGAGGCCGAGGAGGCGCUGGAGAGGGACCUGGAGCUGAGCCUUGGGCCAGGCCUGGAGGCGCCGUCCCUCCCCGGUGCCAAGGGCAGGAACCCAGGGACCCUCCUGGAAGACACCGAGGACCUGGAAACGGCUGCGGUGAGCGGGCGCCCGCUGUGUGACAGCUCCCUUCUGCUGUGCCUCAAGAAGAGGUUUCGCCUGGGCCGCAUCUACACCUUUGGGGGGCCCCUCCUGCUCGCUCUGAACCCCCGCUGGCCCCUGCCUUUCUUCUCGCCUGAGGUCCUGGCCAACUACCGCCCCAGGAAGGCCCCCAGUGCCACCCCACACAUCUUCGCCGUCGCGGCAUCAGCCUACAGCCUGUGUGGGAGCACGGGGCGGGACGCAGGCAUUCUCCUCAGUGGGCACAGUGGCUCAGGGAAGACAGAAGCCGCCAAACAGAUCGUGCGGUUCCUGAGCGGCCUGGAGCAGGGGCAGACGAGGGACGCAGGAUGUCAGCUGGACGACGUGCUGCCCUGGCUCGGCAGCUUUGGCCGGCGCCAAGACAGUCCUCAAUGCCAACGCCAGGACGCCCUGGCCAAGGCCCUGUACUCGCGGCUCUUCGCCUGGCUCCUGAGGAGGACCAACACGCGGCUGGCCCCACCCGGGGAGGGAGGCAGCACGAACACCAUCACUGUCGUGGACGUCUAUGGUUUUGAGGCACUGCGGGUGAAUGGCCUAGAGCAACUGUGCAACAACCUUGCCAGCGAGCGUCUGCAGCUCUUCUCCAGCCAGAUGCUGCUGGCCCAGGAGGAGCUUCCCGGCCUCUUUGAUGUGGGACACGUGGCCGAGCAGCUGCGCCAGGCGGGCGUCCUGGAGGCCGUUUGUGCCCGCAGUGCCCACUUCCCUGUGCGCCUGCCCUUCCAGACCUUCCUGGCCAGGUUCCGGACCCUGGGAACCGGAGCAGGGGAGACCCCUCUGACCGGGAGAGGGGGGGGCGCCAUCCUGAGCCAGGGUUGGGGGCAGAGUCGCCCCUUCUGUCACCUUGGAACCACCCAGGUCCUGCUGCAGGAGCCGGGCUGGCAGCAGCUGGAGCAGCACUGGGCCCAGCGGCGCGCCCAGGCCCUGCUCAUCCUGCACCGUGGGCUCCGGGCCUGCAUCUCCCGCCAGCGCCUCCGCUUCCUGCCACGGAUGCAGGCUCGUGUGCGGGGGCUCCAGGCCAGGAAGCGGUACCUCCGGCGCCGGGCGGCCCUGGGACAGCUGAACACGGUGCUGCUAGCGGCCCGGCCCCUGCUCCGGAGGAGGCGGAGACUGCAGCUUGGGCACUGGUGUGGCUGGCACGGCGGCGGGUCCUCCGAGAGCGGGCCAAGCAUGGAGCUGGCGCGCCUGGAGAUCCCGGCCGAGCUGGCCGCGCUGCUGAGGAAAGAGGAAGGCCGUCAGCACACGCUGGCCCAGAGCAUCACUGAGGCCAAGCCCCCGGAGGUUCCUGCUCGGCCCAGCCUGACCCUGCCGCCGGACAUCGACCAGUUCCCCUUCUCCAGCUUCAUCUCCACCGGCUUCCAGGAGCCAUCUCUGCCCACUCCUGGGCAGCUGCUGGACAAGCCGCUGACCCGGCUGGACGGUGAGAACCCUCAGCAUGCCCUGGACAUCAACAAGGUGAUGCUGCGGCUCCUGGGGGAGGAGUCCCUGCUGCCCUGGCAGGAGCAGACCAUGGGCACCUACCUGGUGAGGCAGGGGCAGCGCCGGCCGGGACUGCGUGACGAGCUCCUCAGCCAGCUCGUGGCCCAGCUGUGGCACAACCCCAACGAGCAGCAGAGCCAGCGCGGCUGGGCCCUCAUGGCCGUCCUGCUCAGCGCCUUUCCCCCGGCGCCCGCCCUGCAGAAGCCACUGCUCAAAUUUGUGUCAGACCACGCCCCCAGCGGCAUGGCAGCGCUGUGCCAGCACAAGCUGCUGGUGGCCCUGGAGCAGGCACGGCUGGCCCCUGAGACCACACGUGCCCACCCCCCCACUCAGCUCGAGUGGACGGCCGGAUGGCGCCGAGGCCGCAUGGUGCUGGACGUCUUCACUCUCAAUGACGAGUGCUUCUCCGCAGAGGUGGAGUCCUGGACUACGGGGGAGCAGUUUGCCGGGUGGAUUCUGCAGAGCAGAGGCCUGGAGGGGCCCCCCCGUGGCUGGUCCGUGUCACUGCACUCCGGGGACUCCUGGCAGGACUUGGCUGGCUGUGACUUCGUGCUGGACCUGAUCGGCCAGACCGAGGACUUGGGGGACCCUGCUGAUCCCCACAGCUACCCCAUUGCCCCCGAAAGCUUAGCCGAGGACAUCCCCCCCGCCCCCGGCGUCCAGGCCCCCUCACUGUGCCCAGGUCCCCCUCCAGGCCCAGCCCCGACCCUCCCUGGCAGGGGCCACACAGGGGAGCCCCGGGCCUCAGGGAACCUGGAUAGCUACCUGGACCACAUCUUCGAGCCGGUCCUCUCCCCAGGCCUCAGAGAUCUGGAGCAAGCCAGGGCUCUGAGCAGCCGCAUGAAGGGAGGGGGCGGCAUCGGGCCCAUGCAGCAAGGAAGCUACCCUAUGGUGAUGUACCCAGGGAUGAUGCAGAUGCCUGGAUACCAGCCAGCUAUGAUGCCUGCACCCAUGCCCAUGAUGCCAGCAAUGGGCACAGUUCCUGCCAUGCCAGCCAUGAUGGUGCCACCACAGCCGCAGCCACAGCCCCUGCUCCCCAGCGUGGACGCCAGGCAGCUGGCAGCCCAGCAGCAGAACUUCAUCAACCAGCAGGCGCUGCUCCUGGCCCAGCAGAUGACCGCCCAGGCCAUGUCCCUGACCCUAGAGCAGCAGACUCAGCAGCGCCAGCGCCAGGCCCAGGCAACUGCAGCCACUGCCCCGAAGCCCAAGAAGCCCCCGGCCCCCCGGAAGGAGCCGGAGCCGGAGCCGGAGCCGGAGCCAGAGCCGGAGCUGGUGGGUGUCUGCCUGAGGGAGACCUCACAGGAGGAGGAGGAGAGGCUGAGGAGCUUCCAGCAGAAACGGAACUAUUUCCAGAAGAUGGGGCAGCAGCAGAUCAAGGUGAAGAUGGCGAAGCCUCCGGCCAAGGUGCAGAUCCCCCGAGGGGAGGAGCAGGAAGAGGAGGAACCCAGUGCAGGUGGCAGGGAGAUGGGGGGCAGGGAUGUUUCCUCCUCGGCAGUGCCAUCUCCUCCUCCCGCCCGCCCGGGAGUGAAGAAGCCACUGACACCAGGUGGGGCCAAAGCUGUGCGGAAGGCGGAGGCUGAGCUGGCCCAGGAGGCGGAGCCUGAUGGUGGUCCCAGGCAGGCGCAGGGCAGAGAUGCGGUGCCCAGCCCAGAAUCCCCGAAGCUGCCCAGCAGGGAGAUCCGUAACAUCAUCCGCAUGUACCAGAGCCGCCCAGGCCCCGUGCCCGUGCCGGUGCAGCCAUCCAGGCCCCCCCAAAAUUUCCUGAAGAGAAACAACCCUAAGGACGAGGCUCUGGCCAAGCUGGGGAUCAGCAGUGCCCAAUCGCCCCCCUCGGCACUGUCCCCCGGCCCAGAGAAGGGUCCUCCGCCAGCCGUAGCCCCUCGACCCAAGGCCACACCGCGGAUCCACACCUCCAACUCCAUCCGGGAGAAGCAGGGGCCCCUUCAGGAGCUGUUUGGCCAGAAGCCACCCACUGCCCAGGCACCCCCACCUCCACCCGCGCCCCCACUGCCUCCACCCGGGGACCUGGGGACCCCUUCAGCUGAGCCCCGCGGUAAGGAACCCCACGACCCCAUGCGGCGGGCCACCAUCCAGGAGUCGCUCAUCAGCCUCAGAAAUAAGAAAACGAGCAGGCGGGCUGUGGAGAGCUUCCAGGGUGAGUGGCCAGCCUGGGCCCCAUGCCUGUGGUGCCUUGGACCUAGGCACCCGGCCGCCUUCUCCCGGGAGUUCACCACUUCAGGGCAGCUCAGGGGUGGUUCCUAUUCCCCGGCGGCCUUCGCCCACUUCUGCUCCUGCCCAAGACGUUGUGGGUUGUGUAGAUUCUGGGCCGGAAGGCAGUGGCGGUGCCGUGUGGGGCUGCGGGCACCCACAGAAUUUCUGAGCCUUGUUUCCCCGUCGGUAGAGCUGGGUCUGCCGCCCUACCUGGCUCACACAUGUUUUGAGAGCAAGGCAUCAGAUGGCGGGGAAAGCCCUGUGUGGGGACGCGUGGGCCAGGCCCAGGCCCCCACCCAGCUCCCCACGCUUCUCGUGCUGCCUGUAGUUCUGAUGCAGUUUAUGGGGGACCAGCCGAAGCCCCGGGGCAAGGACGAGAUAGAGCUCCUCUAUGAGCUGCUGAAGCUGUGCCGGGAGAAAGAGAACCUCAGGGAUGAGAUUUACUGCCAGGCCAUCAAGCAGGUCACGGGACACCCCCGGCUGGAAUUCUGUGCUCGAGGCUGGAGCUUCCUCAGCCUCCUCACCGGCUUCCUGCCGCCGUCCACCACGCUGAUGCCCUACGUGACCCAGUUUCUGCAGGACGCAGGCAGGAGUCAAGAGCUGGCCCGCAGCAGCCAGAAGCACCUCCAGCAGACGGUCAAAUACGGGGGGCGCCGGCGGCUGCCGCCCCCGGGUGAAAUGAAGGCGUUCCUGAAAGGGAAAAUGCUCCGCCUGCUCCUGGUUCACCUGCCCGGAGGCGUGGGCUACAAGACCAACGUCGGGACUUUCACCGUGGCAGCAGAGGUGCUGGAGGAGCUAUGUGGGAAGAUGGGCAUCACGGAGCCCGAGGAGGUCCAGGAAUUUGCCCUGUUCCUCAUCCAAGGCGAAGGUGAGCUGGCUCGGCCCCUGCGGCCCCAGGAGUACCUCAACAAUGUGCUGGUGGACCCGAAAACCAGCCUGCACAGCCGGCGGCUCGGCUGGGAGACCCGCCUGCACUUUGAUAACCCCACCUACAUCAGCACCCACUACAGCCAGGUGCAGCGAGACUACCUGCAGGGGAAGCUGUUGGUCGGCGCCCAGGCAGAUGCCCAAGUUGCCCGGCUGGCUGCCCUCCAGCUUGUCAGCAGGACUCAAGAGGCCCCCCCCUCGGAGCGAGACCUGCUGGCUUACUUGCCGAGGCUGCUGCAAGGUCAGGUGAACGUGGCCGCCAUCCAGAGCCUGAUGGACCAGGAGCUGAGGCAGCUGCAAGGAUGCAGCGCCCAGGAAGCUCAGAUCGGCUUCAUUGAGGCGGCCAGCCAGCUGCCCCUCUUCGGUUACACUGUCUACGUGGUGCUGCGAGCGAGUGACCUGACGCUGCCCAGACCCAGCCUCCUGGGGCUGAACCGCCAGCACCUCAUCCUCAUGGACCCCAGCUCCCAGACACUGUGCUGCUCCAUCGCCCUGAGGGACCUGCAGCAGCUCCACCUGCUGAGCCCCCUGGAGGCAGGCAGGCCCCCUGCCCUGGAACUCAACUACGGCUCCGCUGACAGCCCCCAGACCAUCUGGUUCGAGCUGCCGCAGGCCCGGGAGCUGCAGUACACCAUCGCCUUCCUGCUCAACAGCAGCGACACUUCCGUUUAGUGGCCGGCCUCACUCGAGAGGAGAGGUGGAGGGCAGGAGAGGAGGAAGGGCCCCUCCCUGGACCCAGUCUCACCCGAUGGUCUCCCUUGGGUGCUGUCAGGUCACUUUGGUUUGGACUUUGUGGCUUGGCUGUUCUGGAACCUGCCCAGCACAGCCCGGCUGGCCCACAUGGAGGUCACAAGGCAGGGGCUGCUACAGUGACAUCAACUGGGAAGGACUCCUUUGGGGGACGUGUGGGGGCUGUGGGAACUCGGCUUGGAGCUGAUGUUGCCCGUCUGGGGGAGGUGCCCCCC